AUGACCGGGACCGGGGCCGGGGCCGGGGCCGGGAUGGGGCAGCGCGAUCGUAUGUUCAAGGUGCUGGUGGUGGGGGACGCCACGGUGGGGAAGACGUCGCUGGUGCAGCGGUACGCCAACGACAGCUUCAACCGGCACUACAAGUCCACGGUGGGAGUGGAUUUUGCUCUGAAAGUGGUCCAGUGGUCGGAAUCAGAGACGGUACGACUUCAGCUCUGGGACAUUGCAGGGCAGGAACGCUUCACGUCUAUGACCCGGCUGUACUACAGGGAGGCGUCAGCCUGCAUUAUCAUGUUUGAUGUCACCAACAUCAGCACGUUCAGCAACAGCCAGAAGUGGAAGCAGGAUUUGGACAGCAAGCUCGUGCUGCCAGAUGGGAACCCCGUGCCUUGCCUACUGCUGGCUAACAAAUGCGACCUUUCCCCAUGGGCAGUGACAAGAGAUGAAGUGGAUCGGUUCAGCAAAGAAAACGGCUUUUCUGGUUGGGUGGAGACAUCUGUCAAGGAAAACAAGAACAUUAAUGAGUCCAUGAGAGUCCUGAUUGAAAAGAUGAUGUCCUCAUCCAGUGGUGAUGGAAGUUCCUCUGCUGCCGGGAGUGGGGAUUAUAUUAACAUAAAAGAGACAACCCCACCAGGCUGGGCUUGCUGUUAGAUGCACUGACCACACCAUCUGCCUUGGGUCUAGCAGCAGUGUCCUUUUAUUAUUACCAUCAUCAUUUUCUCCCAGACUGGCUGUAGCUGUUUUGGGGUUGUUUGGGGUUUUUUUACAUGAUCGUGAACUGUCUUCUGUUUAGCGCAUAUUCAUUCUCAGUAGAGCAUUGCUACAGUGACUUGGAGCGAGGAGUGGAAAGAAGAGAGGGAGAAGAUUCCUCUUUCUUCUAGUGUAGUAGCAACUGGGAGCUCUGCUGCUAGUAAUGUAGCACGGUCCGUGUUUAAGCAGAUGGCUUGGAUGAAUAUUUUUUUAAAUUUUGAGCACUUCAUUUUCUGACAUGUGAUGGCCUGUCUCAGGCAGGGCGAAGGAUGUCGAAGGUAUAUUUUUAAUAUUGUUGCACCUUUUAUUCCCCACUGCCUGCACCCACCGUACACAGAAGCACCAGUCCGAAGCGUCACACUGACCUUUCUUUGACACACACAUAGUUCAAGCGGUCUCUCUGUGCCUGUGGAUUCCCAGUGUGGGAUUACAGCAAACUCUUUACUUCAUGCUCUGGAACUACAUACGUCUGCUUAUGUGUCCUGGAGAGACCAACACACCUCAUCAUUGCCACUAACUGUCCUUAAGAUGUGAAGCCAGAUGUGGAUUAUCGUGGUGUCCCACGUAACCAGACCUAUAAAAUUAUCAGUGUGAAUUUGAGAAAUGGUGUAGCACAGCCCUUACUUUCGUGUAUACUGACUGUGGUGCUUAACAGCAGAGACCUCAAAUUUUUGUCAAGAAUUGCUCAGUUGCCUUCUGUUCGUUCCUUCUCACUCACCCUGUCUAGCACAAUCCUGCGUAUUCUGUUCUGCUGUUCACUUUAUUAGGGCACGGAGAGCUGAAUGAGGAAUAGGUUGUAAACUCCUUUGUAUGACAGAACAACAGUCCUUUUCACUUUUAGAACACGCCGUAUCCUACCAUCUCAAAUAGCUUUGCAACUGCCGAUGAAUUGCCUUCCCACAAUUAUUCUGUAGCGAUGAGUGAAUUUGGUAGCAGGGAUGGUGCAGGAAAGGCAGCUCUCUGAAAGCCCACCUGCUGGUUUUAGUGGUGCAAGGGGGAAGCGAAGGAGAAGACUUUGCAGGACAAAAGGAAAUGAAGAGAACUGCUCCCCGCUUGCCUUUUGGUGCCUGCUUUCCCUAGCAUAUCCCCAGGUACUCGUUGAGAACGGUUCUUGCCAACAACAACAAAAAAUUGGUAAAAGCGUACUAGAUAACUAUCUCAGGAGAGUUAACAGGAAAUGCGGUCUGUAGGGCUGGAGUUAUAUAGAGUUGUAUGCAUUUUAUAUAAGCGUGCUAUGCUAUGGAAUUGUCUUGCCCAUGUUUUAGGUUAGGAUUUGAACAAGUGGUCGUCAAUAACGUUUUUCCCUUCUUGAGUAGUUUCAUUUGGAAACAGGAGUAUAAAUUGGUUUGUCCCGAUUCCUGCUGAAUUAGGAUGGCUUUUCUUUGGCAAAGUAUUCCUUCUGUCGGUCUUUCCUUACUUUAUACAGUCUAUGGAGGGAGAAGGUGGUAAGAAGAGGAACCGAUUGCCUUCACUAAGCACAACAAAUUCUGAGUUUUCAUUCUCUGGAGUUGAAAAUGAUUGAUAAGUAAAAGUAAGGGCUAAGAAAUUUAGAACUAGUGUUGUGUUCCACUGUUUUAAUUAAAAGCUAAAAUGCCUGGGCUAGGAUGCUGUUGUGCAAAUACUGGCAAAUUUGGUUUUACAGGCGCUUAAAUAUACCCUUUUCUGCACCGCUGGAUUCACUGUAGAAACGUGUGAAACAUGUAGAACUGGUUAGCAACAAAAUUGAACUGUCGUCUUGAAUUUUACUUCCUAAACAUUGUGUUUAAAAAGAAAGAGAGUAUUUUUUUUAAUCCUAUAAAUAUUUCUAGUUCUUUAUGGAACAUGGGGAGAAGGGUCUGAUUUUUUUAAAGGAUCUGUCAUGAAACGAUUAAGAUUCCUGUGUUAUUUAUUGAUUUCCGUAUAUGUAUUUCAAAGCGUUUCAGCAAAGAGGUCAAGUGUUAGAGCUGUCCUUAACAGAUGGAGAAGCUGAGGCACGCAGUGGAAAUCUCUGCACAGGACCAACUAACUACUCAAGUCAGUAAGAGCCUGGCCCUGAAAGGAAAAUUUCCGAUUCCUGUUUCAAUGGCCUAGCUGCCAGGCUGUGCAUCUUGCAGGAAAGUAUCUUGAUACCUUUUGCAUGUCAGUUUGAGAGGUACCAGUGCCUCUUUGGUGCCUGGACCUCUUAAUCUGGACCUCUUUUUUCAUAAGUGCCUCUCAGAAACAAACAAAAAGCCAAAGGCCAAUCUUUGAAGGUUUUCUUCUAUUAUACAUAAUUUCUGUUCUGCCUGGUGGUUUCCGGUACCGGUGUG